AUGAUUGUUGAGCGUCCAAAGGUUCACCUGACCACCACAACUCUUUUCGGAGUGUCUGAAGUUCGUGUACAUGCUGGGGAGCCACUAAAGAUGAAACUGGGCAUUACCGGUUCUCCAACUCCCAUUGUCAUCUGGGCUAAAGAAGGAAAACCCAUUCCAAGGGCUCGCACCUCCAACACUCAUGACUAUGAUAUUCUAGACCUCCCAAAAGCAGAUUAUGACGACACUGGAAACUACCUUGUGACUGUUGAAAACAAACAUGGCAGAGACUCUGCAGAUAUUCCGGUGAUCGUUAUUGACAAGCCUGGACCACCCAAAGGUACUUUGGAGGUCAGUGAUGUGUUUGCGGACUCCUGCCAAUUGGCAUGGAAACCACCUCAGGACAAAGGAAACUCACCAAUAAUCGAGCCGCUGGACCAAGAAGACAGUAAUUCGGAAGAAGAUUCUGAAGAAGAUAUGCCAGUUGUUGAUACAGAUGCUAAGUCCAAAGCUACAACCAACAAGUCCAAAGCCACAGCCAGCCAGUCCAAAGCCACAACCAGCCAGUCCAAAGUUUCAACCAAGGCAACAACCUGCUCUGUCGGAAAGAAAGCGCAGAAAAGAAAAUUGUGGUCUGUUGAAGAACAAGCUGCUGUUGAGCGACAUCUCGGAAAAUAUCUUCACACUUCAAAGCUGCCAGGUAGAGAUUGA